ACCGUCCCAUCUGCCACUCAGCACUCCCUCAGCUGGUGCCAAAGCCGUUUGGACAGAGGUGCUUUUGACUCCUUUUGGGACUGGGUGGUUGGGCCCUGACUUUAUUAUGUGCCAUGCUCUCCCCUCCAGCUGUGGUUUUGCACCCCUACAGCCUGCCUGUCUACCCACCGGCACCCCAGUGUUACUCCGGGCUGGUUCAGGGUAGUCCAGAUGCAGCGGUACCGCCAGCGGAUGCCAUGACACAGACGUUCCCAGCUCAGUACCCUCCGCCGCCACCCCAGGCCCGGCUGCCUCCGCAAUACCAUCUCCACAGCACCCCUUCAGAGUACCCAUCCCCAACAGCGCCGGAUCAUAGCCUUCGUAUCUUCCCCGAACAGGGAACGGCUGCGCCAGAGCCCCUGCCUCUGCCCCCACCGCCUGCGCCGGAAGAAGCCCCUGCGCCUGAGCUGACCCCCGAGGCAGAGGAAGCAGAAAACAGCGAGAACAAGGCCCAGCCCAAACGCCUGCAUGUGUCAAACAUCCCCUUCCGCUUCCGUGACCCAGACCUGCGGCAGAUGUUUGGGCAAUUUGGAAAGAUCCUGGAUGUGGAGAUCAUCUUCAACGAGCGUGGCUCCAAGGGUUUUGGCUUUGUCACCUUUGAAAACAGUCAGGAUGCCGACCGGGCGCGGGAGAAGCUGAACAGCAGCAUUGUGGAAGGAAGGAAGAUUGAGGUCAACAACGCCACAGCCCGUUUAGUCACCAAGAAACCACCGGCAGCACCAGUGGUGAAUGGAUGGAAGAUCAAUCCUAUGGUUGGCGCUGUCUAUGCCCCGGACCUCUACACAGUGGCGAGCAUCCCUUACCCCAUGAUGGCACCAGCUGCCCUGGCAUAUCGUGGGGCUCUGCGAGGGCGUGGCCGAGCUGCCAUCUAUAAUCCCAUUCGAGCAGCUCCUGCUCCGUCUCCAGUUCCAGCCUAUGGCAGUGUGCUCUAUCCAGACAGUCUGUACGGCUCUGACCUCUACGGUUAUCCUGCAGCUUACAGAGUGGCCCAGACGCCUGCAGCUGCAGCAACAGCAACAGCUUAUAGCGAUGGGUAUGGACGGGUCUACACUACCGCUGACCCCUAUCACCACACCGUGACCCCCGCCUAUGGAGUCGGUGCCAUGGCCAGCUUGUACCGAGGAGGAUGCAACCGUUUCACUCCGUACUGAGGGACCAAGCGCUGGCGCUGAGCAUCUCGGAGGCACCUGUGAGCUGAUGGCACAGGUGGUGGGACCUGGCGCUGAGAACCUUGCGUGUGUUUGUGUGUGUGGUGUAUAUGUGUGUGAGAGGAAGGCAGGCAGGUGAUCGGUGAAGAUACCUCUCAAGCAGCAGGACACGAAUUCUGGGUGACAGUCAAAUGACGACAGCUCAGGUGUUUCCUCCAGUCUCUUCAAAGCCUUCGUCGUUACUCACAAAUUCUGGCCUCUCCUGUGUUUUGCUGUUGGGCAGAGGCCAGCGGUUGGAAGGUCGACACAAUUCAGAUGCAGGGCAAACUGAAAACGGGCUACCACAGCUAGGUUACAGGAUUGGCAAGGUGCAUAGAAUGAAAUCCAGUUCAUUUUGCGGCAGUGGGGCAAGCUAAGGCCUAGGCAAAAGCCAUUCCCUGGAGUUCUCUGUGAUAGAGUAGAUCUCCUUUGUGUCCUUCCACCACAACCAUAAACCAGUUUAAAUAGUUAUGGCGCCUGAUUAUGGAACCCUGAGGAGGUUUGGAGAUUCAAGGAUAGAAUAGUGUAUUCUUUCAACCAAGGAUAAUCAGGCCCUUCGAUUUUGGCAGAUGGACUGGGGAACUGUGAGAACAGAAACGGAUUCCAGACUAGUUUUGGAUUUCAAUUCACCUACACUAUAACACGUGCAUCAGUUAUGGCUUCCCUAAGAAUCCUGGGAAGUGUAGUUUUGAAAAUGCUGAGAAUUCUCUGCUUGUGGUUCCUAAGCCUGUCCCAGGCCACAAUUCCCAGGGUUCCCUGGGGUAUAGUGUCCCCCCCCCCCGUGUUAUAGAUCUGUCAUAUGGUUUAGUGAGCGGAGGUUCAGAAUCAUCGAUGCAAGGGGUGGACUUUGGUAAUCUUUUGUAAUAUGGCACCCUGUGCAAGGCCAAAAAAUGGCACCCCCAAAUUGAUCUUCUCAAUUCUGGAUCUUCUCAGUUUUGCACCCCCUUGGCUUGGCGCCCUUGCAGAGGAUCUGCCCGUACCACCCUAAAUCUGGUGCUGAUCUGUCUCUAUCUGUCUCUGGAGUUCUCCCCUUCCUUCUCUCAUUCCCUGUCCUUUCCCUCCUCUUUGAUUGCUCUUUUAUAAAUAUAUAUUUUCUUCAUGCCUCACUCAUACUGUAUUCUUUUGUGCUGUCCUGUACUUCUGAUCUGCUUUGGGUAUCAGCUCAUGAUAGGUAGCGGCUCAAACCAGCCUCUUACUUUUGUGUGAAAACUUUGAGACUAUUUUUUUUAUCAAAGUCAGGGGUAAAUCACAGUAUAUUUUUAUAAAUGUUACUUCCCUAUUUUUUAUUCUUUCGUGAAUCUAUCUAUAGUGGACCCUCCGGAUACGAACUUAAUUCGUUCCAGGGGUCUGUAUGUACCCAGAAAAGUCUGCACCUAGAAGUGCUGCCUCUGCGCAUGCGCGCGGUGCGAUAGAACGCUUCUGUGGAUGCACGCAGAGUGCUUCUGUGCAUGUGCAAAGCACACAGAAUUUGCUUCCAGGUUUGCCACAUUCACAACCCAAAAGUUAAGUUACCUGAAGGUAACAUAACAUGAGGGUCCACUGUAUAUCUAAUGGCCAUGAUGCAGUAAAAUGGCUUUGUGUGCAGGGUUUAGUAGCAGAAGUUUUCCUUGCACAGAAAAAGCAAAUGAACUCAAGCAGGGGUUCUAUGCCACGUGACCCUGUUCAACAAUCAGGCGCUGAUUUGCAGGACCCUCCUGUGCACAUCACAUUGUGCUACAGUUUUGCAUAUCUGUGCAUAGAGAAGGAUGUGUGCGCACACACAUGUAUGUAUAUAUUCACACUUUCUUCUGGAUCUCAGCCAAUGCUGCAUCAAAUAUCAAAUUUAGGUUAGAAACUAUUCCAAGUCCCAUUGAUCUGAAUGUGCUCAAUGGUUUCCCAUUCAAAUCUGUUGGACUUGUACCUAAUUUUGCCUGGAUUUCCCCCUAAAAAAUAAAAUUAAAAAAAUUUUUUUUGAGGGCUGGGGUUUUGACUCAUUCAUUUUUUUAAAAAAAACACCAAACCAAGCUGGGAAGGUUUAUAGCUGGAAAAGAAAUUUUGAUAUUUUAAAAAUGCAAAAGAGACAAUCCAAAAAGAAGUCCUAGAAACUGGUAACACAAGGAGUUUCCGAUGAAGCAAAGGGGAAUUAAAGAACUCAGUGCAGAGUGGAAGCCUAAGGAAUGUUAAAGGUAAAGGAAAAGGGACCCCUGACCAUUAGGUCCAAUCGUGGCCGACUCUGGAGUUGCGGCACUCAUCUCGCUUUAUUGGCUCAGGGUCAUGUGGCCAGCAUGACUAAGCUGCUUCUGGCGAACCAGAGCAGCGCACGGAAACGCCGUUUACCUUUCCGCCGGAGCGGUACCUAUUUAUCUACUUGCACUUUGACGUGCUUUCAAACUGCUAGGUUGGCAGGAGCAGGGACCGAGCAAUGGGAGCUCACCCCGUCACGGGGAUUCGAACCGCCGACAUUCUGAUCGGCAAGUCCUAGGCUCUGUGGUUUAACCCACAGCGCCACCCAAGGAAUGUCACGAGGCAGUUUAAAAACAAAACAAAGACAACUGGAGUGCAUCCCAGCAGCUAAUUCAUUUUCCUCUGAAGGAUGCUGAACCCAAAGCAGAAGCCGUUUCUGUUUCUAGCAAUUUGCUUUCCACGUAUUUCUGGGCUUGGGUGUCUGGCAGUGCCUGUUCACAGUGCAAUAUCUCAGGGAAACCUUUCUAUAUAGAUGCUUGUUCUUUUUUUCACUGUUUCCUUGUUAUUGUAAUAAAAUCCUGAUUCUGGCUAA